GAAACCCAAAUGCAAAUGCAAAGUUUGACCAAAAAAAAAAAACCAGAACUAACUGUGUUUUCUUCGCCAAAAAAACAGUGACGGACAUUCCAAUCUAAACAAACCUUGUUCUCUUGCAUUGUUUUGUUCUUUCUCUUCCAUUUCCUCAUUCUCUUCCACUGACAAUCCAAAGUUCCUUCCUCUGCUUUAAAAUCAGCAUCGAAUCAGAGUGCCACAGACACAUUGAACAAUGGCAAGCAUUGCUGGUUCAUGUUCUUUAGGAGCAUUGCUCGCACAUAAAGUCUCAGAAGGCAAUAAUGGGGUGUCCCUGGUUCAGUAUGAUGGGCUUAGAUUGGCGCAGAGGAUGCAAAUGCCUUCAGCUGCAAGCAUGCCAAAAGGGUGCUUGUUGUCUUCAGCCCCGAAAUGCAGAACUAUUAAGGCCACAGCUUCUCCAACUGCAGCAGCAGCUCCUAAAAGAGAACAAGAUCCCAAAAAGCGAGUAGUAAUAACAGGAAUGGGGCUUGUUUCCGUCUUUGGCAGUGACAUUGAUACAUUUUACAACAAGCUUCUUGCGGGAGAAAGUGGGAUAAGUGUAAUAGAUAGGUUUGACCCCUCAAAAUUCUCUGUCCGUUUUGGUGGCCAGAUACGUGAUUUCUCUUCAGAAGGUUACAUUGAUGGCAAGAAUGACCGGCGCCUCGAUGAUUGCUGGAGGUAUUGCUUAGUUGCAGGCAAGAGGGCUCUUGAUGAUGCCAACCUUGGACAGGAAGCGCUUAAGAAUUUGGACAAAACAAGAAUAGGAUCUCUAGUUGGAACAGGAAUGGGAGGUUUAACAGCUUUCAGCACUGGUGUGGGAGCUCUUAUAGAGAAGGGAUAUAAGAAAAUGUCUCCAUUUUUCAUUCCCUACUCCAUCACCAACAUGGGUUCUGCUUUGUUGGCUAUAGACACUGGCCUAAUGGGUCCCAAUUAUUCCAUUUCCACUGCUUGUGCAACAGCAAAUUACUGCUUUUAUGCAGCUGCUAAUCAUAUCAGAAGAGGUGAAGCAGAUAUCAUGGUGGUUGGUGGGACUGAAGCUGCAAUAAUGCCUACUGGUGUUGGAGGCUUCAUUGCUUGCAGGGCUUUGUCUCAGAGGAAUGAGGACCCCAAGAAGGCUUCAAGACCAUGGGACAAAGAUCGUGAUGGUUUUGUCAUGGGUGAAGGCUCUGGCGUGCUGAUAAUGGAGAGCUUGGAGAGUGCAACAAAAAGGGGAGCCACGAUAAUAGCAGAAUAUCUGGGGGGUGCCAUAACUUGUGAUGCUCAUCACAUGACUGAUCCAAGGUCGGAUGGACUUGGAGUUUCAUCUUGCAUAAGGAAGAGUUUACAAGAUGCUGGGGUUUCCCCUGAAGAGGUGAACUAUAUCAAUGCUCAUGCCACUUCAACACUGGCAGGUGACUUGGCUGAGGUUAAUGCAAUCAAACAAGUUUUUAAGGACACAUCAGAAUUGAAAAUGAAUGGCACUAAGUCAAUGAUUGGUCAUGGUCUUGGGGCUUCUGGUGGUUUGGAAGCUAUAGCAACUAUCAAAGCGAUAACAACUGGCUGGUUGCAUCCAACCAUUAACCAAGAUAACAUUGAGGAGGAUGUUACAAUUGACACUGUCCCUAAUGUCAAGAAGCAGCAUGAAGUUAAUGUUGCUAUCUCCAACUCAUUUGGGUUCGGUGGACACAAUUCAGUAGUUGUCUUUGCUCCAUUCAGGCCCUAACUAGAAUUCAAGCUGAAGCCAUUUUUCUUUUUCUUUUUUGUCAAUUUUCACAUUCAUUGAUUUCGGGACAUUAAUUCAUGUGGAUUAUAUGCUGAAAAUAGUUGUCUCAUGUAUUUGAAAUGAUAAUAGAGGUAAAUUAUCAUGUGCUCUAAUGUAAUGUACUCUGAAGUGAAUAAAAUACACAUCUGAUCUGCUUCUGUGUUUGGAA